AUGCGCAAAAAGGUAGCAGAAACCACACUGAAGCUCCGUGAGGCCCGGCCCUACAUAUUCCCCAUUCCCCUCGACCAGCGGAAACAAAUAUACUUACCCGACUUCGUCAUCACUCUCAUCCGCACUCCCUUUCUCCCACCACGCUAUGCCUCCUUUUGGGUCCCGCUGACCUUCAACAAACUCGAUAUUAAAGACUAUCUAAAACGCGCGUACGGCGUGGACGUGAUAAAAGUACGGAGUUAUGUUGAGCAGCAGAAAAUCACACGCGAAAGGCCGUGCGGGAAGGAAGGAUAUGGCAAAUGGAGGAGACCGAUGGCUAAGAAGAAGAUGACCGUUGAGAUGACUGAGCCGUUCAUAUGGCCUGAGGAGCCGAAGGAUUAUAAACCAUGGGAAAAGGAAAGGUUCUUUGAAACCAAGGAAUACCAGCGGGAUAUGUCAGAAAAGAUGGAGCCCGACGCCAAGAACAAGGCCCCGGAAAGAAAGUGGAAAACCGUCUCAGAGCAGGCGAAGCGGUUGCUGGACGGGAAGGAGAAGUGGGAACCGACUUGGAAGGCUCUGGGUUUAAAUUACGAGAGACCUGUGAUUGGUGGUGAGUUGAAAGGUGCGAAAGCGACGCCUGCUGAAAUAUUAAAGGGGGUUAAUCAUACGAGUCUUGCGGAGGACACCAAAUGA